AUGGAGAUUGCGAACGGCACAGGCGCGGCGCAAGCUGCGACUGCGACUGCUGGAGCAACCUCGACGGCACCCACUAAUGGCGAUGCUGGCUCCGGCGACUUCAAGCUCAAGUUUUGUACGGUUUGUGCGAGUAACCAGAACAGAUCAAUGGUCUCCCACCUCCGCCUCGCACAGGCAAACUAUCCCGUAAUCUCCUUCGGCACCGGCUCCCUUGUCCGCCUCCCGGGCCCGUCAAUCACCCAACCCAACGUAUACCAGUUCAACAAGACGUCCUACGACUCCAUCUUCAAGGAGCUCGAGUCCAAGGAUACGCGUCUCUACCGGGCCAAUGGCGUCCUUAACAUGGUCGACCGCAACAGGCACGUCAAAUGGGGCCCCGAGCGCUGGCAGGACUGGCAGGUCGGCAUGCCGCGUCUCACCCAUACCGAAGACCGUGGCAGCGUCGGCGUUGAGGGCGGCAUUGUUGAUAUCGUCAUCACCUGCGAGGAGCGCUGCUGGGACGCCGUCAUCGACGACCUGAUGAACCGUGGUAGCCCGCUCAACCGCCCUGUCCACGUCAUCAACGUCGACAUCAAGGAUAACCACGAGGAGGCCAGCGUCGGCGGGCGCGCCAUCCUGGACCUGGCCAACGCCCUCAACGCAGCUGCCACCGAGGAGCGCGAGGCGGUGGGCGCGGCUACAUUUGAUAGCGGCAGCGCGUCGAGUCGGGCGAGCUUCGAUGAGAGGGUGCCGGAUAUCCUGGCCGCGUGGCAGGAUCGGUGGCCGCACUUGCCGGCUGUAUGGACUCUGGCUUGGUUUUGA